AUGCGUUUCUCCUCUGCCAUCGCUGCAGCACUUGCCGUCGCCGCCGGUGUCUCGGCCGUCGACAUCCAGAAAUCCGUCAUUGUUAGCUUCCCGAGUGGAACCACCGACGACAUCGUCAACCGCGCAAAGGAUGAUAUCCGAAAGGCCGGUGGUGUGAUCACCCACGAGUACCAACUUAUCAAGUACGCUCUCAUUUCGAUCGAUGUUCUCCUCCUUACCUAUGUCUUUUAUUUCGACUGCAUUACGGGCUUCGCAGCUAAGGCACCGCAGAAGAUCCUCGAGACGGUCUCAGCCUGGAGUGCCGAAUACAACGCUGUCAUCGAGGAGGACCAGGUGGUGAAGAUAUCCAAGGGCGAGAAUUAA